AUGGGUAACCUUUACCAGAAGAUCCUCACUGAUAUUGCCGACCCUCGACUCGGGAAGGACUUGGCAAAAGCUAUCCUUACCUGGACAGCAUGCUCAUUUCAGCCACUGUCAAUAGAUGAAAUUCACCGGGUCAUUAAGCUUGACAUCAAUAACAGCAUCGAUGAUGUUGAGCGCUCCAUCAACACAUGUUGCCGCAACAUCAUCUACGUUGACAACCAGAAAAAGGCCCGGUUAAUCAACUCGACAGCUCGAGACUUUCUCCUACGUCAAACUAGUGUUCCGAAUCAAGUCAAAUGCGCGCAGGCGACUUACUCUGGCGUGUCUUCAGUACCUCUCUAG